UAUGACUUUGGCGAGAUCCAGAGCCUGGGAAAACAUGGCCUCGGCUCCGGCGAGAAGAAGAUGGAAUAGACGGCAUCCGAAAAACUCCUGGUGCUGGAGAUCGAGCUCGGGGUCUCCAGGGAGCUGGAAGUCAUCGAAAUUCAUUGGAGAGAAAUCCAGGCAGGCUUCCGUUUCCAGGCUUUGGUGGAGGAAUUCGCACAGGGCAUCGUCGUCCUCGUCCUCGUCGUCGUUAUCAUCCUCAGCUCCUCCAACUUCGUCCUUUCUCUCAGAGACCUUCUCAAGAACAGAAUGUGGACUGCUCGGUUGGAGUCUUUUGCGAACCUUCGAGGCCGGCGGCUGCUCUUGCUCGUCUCCCCCUUCGAGCAGCGAGUCCAGGAGGGCGGAAGUAAUACCUUGCUCCUCGAGCUCCGGCCACACUGGAAACUUUGGUGGCGCAGGGAUCGAUCGAGCAAGCCUGAUACCAGUAGAGAUUUUCCUCCACUUGCUGCUCCAGAGCCAUGUCGACAUCAAGAUCACUCGCCAUCACGCAGGAAAGGUGCGUGGAUCUCUUACAGGAGCGCGGACCCCUAGAUGGGAGCAUAUUUCUCCAUCUUCCUGGUAUAUGCACCGCAAUGCGCUCUCCAAAGUGGAAGCAAAUGGAAUGCGAGGAAGGAGAUCUGUUAGCCUCUCCCGGCGAAGUUGUCGUGGAAGCUGCGAUUGGCGAGCGAGGAAGGGCGGGCGAGCGAGCGAGCGAGCGAGCGAGAGGUGUCAGCACAGGAACACGACUCGAUCGAAGAAAAGAGGUGAAGUUUUGACAUUUCCUUUUGGUACGAAAGGGACUCGAAGAACAGUUUUUUUUUUUUUCUUGUUUCUAUUCCGUGAUGUUAGCGAGUGUGAUAUUUGUGUGACCAGUGCUCUGGGAUUUCUGGGGAUGCGCAUCCGCUCCGGUCAAGAAGCCGGGCAUUUAGAGCUUCUAAUGAAAAAUUUGGUGGGGACAUGAUGCGGUUCACAAUGCGGGCGCGAUUCUUUUGAUUUUGUUCUGUGCUUUGUUGUUUAAUGUGCGGAGAAGAUGCCCUUCGCUCGUGAAAGUGCCAAAAACUAGAUCCCGCGAAGUAAAAUUUAAA